GGGGGGCGUGACGCCCACCAUCAGGCUGACUAGCAAGAAGAGGGCUACAAAUAAGACCGGGAUAACGGAGUGACACAAUAUUCCCCUCUGACCAGGAGAUUCACUGAAAACACAGUUUAGUCAAAGAACACAGCAGCAGUCAUGGCUCAAGCUCUGGACAUUGAUCGCUGGAACCUGGAGUGUGAAUUCAACAACACCGACCAUCGUACUGAUCUCAACGGCGUGGAUCGUCUGAUUGUGAGGAGAGGCCAACCGUUCACAAUCAGCCUGUACCUUCGCUCCGGAAACUACCAACCUGGAGUCAGCUCUCUUGACUGCGUUGCAGAAACAGGUCCUCAACCCUCUGAGCAGUAUGGCACCAGGGCCUCCUUUGGUCUGUCUGCCAACAUUGACACUUCCCGCUGGAGCGCUGCUGUCACCAGUCCCCCCGGGGACAUGGUGGUCCUGUCCAUCUGCUCUGCCCCUGACGCACCUAUAGGCCGCUACACCCUGACCCUGGGGCGAUCAGGGCGGAUUGAGUUUGUCCUGCUCUUUAACCCCUGGUGCCCAGGUGAUGCAGUAUAUAUGGACAAUGAGCAGAGUUUGGCAGAGUAUGUCUUAUCCCAGGAUGGAAUCAUCUUUCGAGGCAGCGACAAACAUCCCAUACCAACUCCCUGGAACUUUGGCCAGUUUGAAAGUGGAAUCCUGGAUGUCUGUCUGAGGAUUCUGGAUAUGAAUCCUAAAUGUCUGAAUAAUCCUGGCAAAGACUGCUCAGGGAGGAGAAAUCCCAUCUAUGUUUCCAGAGUGCUUAGCGCCAUGGUGAAUUGUAAUGACGACAAAGGGGUGUUGCUGGGAAAGUGGACAGAUGGCUAUGAAGGAGGUGUCAGCCCCAUGUUCUGGAAGGGCAGUGUGGAGAUUCUGCGCAACUGGGACACACAAGCCUGUCAACCUGUUCGCUACGGACAGUGCUGGGUGUUUGCUGCAGUCGCCUGUUCAAUUUCCAGAGCCCUUGGUAUCCCCUGCAGAGUUGUCACCAACUACGUGUCAGCCCACGACAACAACAGCAACCUGGUGAUUGAACGCUACAUCAACGAAAAUGGAGAUCCCAUUCAAUCUGGAGAAAUGAUCUGGAAUUAUCACUGCUGGGUGGAGAACUGGAUGACCAGGCCUGAUCUUAAAUCUGAUUUUAAUGGUUGGCAAGCCAGUGACCCUACACCUCAGGAGAAAAGUGAAGGAGUGUACUGCUGUGGCCCCGUCCCUGUCAGGGCCAUCAAGGAGGGCGAGCUCAUGUUCAAGUAUGAUGCCCCUUUUGUCUUUGCUGAGGUCAAUGCCGAUGUCAUCACCAUCCUGAAGAAAAAAGACGGCAGCACUUUGAAAGUCACUAGCACUACACAGGUGGGCCAGAAGAUCAGCACAAAGAGUGUGGGCAGUGACGCCCGAGAGGACAUCACUUAUCUCUACAAGUACCCCGAAGGCUCUGAUGAAGAGCGGGAGGCUUUCAAGAAGGCCAACCACCAAAACAAGCUGCUCUACCAGCAGCAAAAUCAUGGCCUACACCUCGCUAUAAAGGUCACAUCGGAGAUGAAGAAGGGCUGCGACUUCGACGUGUUUGCUGUGGUUACUAACAACACGCAGAGCGAGAAGAAGUGCCGCCUGGUGUUUGGAUCCUGCACCAUGUCCUACAAUGGGUCCCUGGGAGGGAAUUGUGGUUUUAAAGAUCUGCUCAAUGUUGAACUCUCACCAGGAGCAGAGAGGCGAGUUCCACUAAGGCUGAACUACUCUAAGUACGGUGGCCUACUCACUGAGGACAACUUAAUCCGUCUGGGAGCUCUGUUGUUGGACUACACCACCAGAGAGCAAAUACUGGCAGUGAGAAACAUUGUGUUGGACAAUCCUGAAAUCAAAGUCAGAAUCCUGGGUGAACCAAAGGAGAAUCGGAAAGUGGCUGCAGAGAUCACCCUCCAGAACCCUCUGCAAGAACCGCUGGAGAACUGCUGCUUCAGCAUCGAGGGGGCCAACCUCACUGGGGGCCGCGUCGUCUCUGAGAGGCUGGGCUCCUCAGUGGGACCUGGGGAAGAUGCCAAGGUGAAAAUUUACUUCACUCCCACCCAUUCUGGUCUGAGAAAGCUGGUGGUCGACUUCGACAGCAACAAGUUGUGUCAUGUCAAGGGCUACAGAAAUGUCAUUAUUGGAAAAUAAAGCUUUUCAUCCUUUACAGUC